ACAGUAUUUGUUAUAUUCAUAUUGUAAUGUUGUAGAGCUAGAUCUAGAUAAUUCUAGAUCAUUUAGAUUUUAUAAAGAGUCACAAAGUUCUAGAAUUAAAUUUAAGUCUAUUAAUAAUUAUUUUUCUUAUCCAAGACAAGCUGCUUAGGUUAAGUAAGUAGUCUUAGUUUAGUAAGUCUAAGACUCUAAACUAAACUGACUGACUAAGUAAGAGUAAGACUAAGUCUAAGUCAGUGACAGUCUGAGUCUAACUUAGACGUCAAGUCGACUCAAGUGAAUUAAUGAGUUGCACACAGUUGGAGUUGGAGAGACUUGUCACUUUCACUCUUCACCAUUGACAUUGAAUCGAUUUCAAAGAGAUUACAAAGUAUUACUAGACUAUUACCAGCACUACCGAACUGCUGUAACUGUAGCAGUGGGCAGUGGCAUUAAUUAGCUUUCCUUUGCUUUGUUUGCAGUUGCAGCCUACGAAUAAUAUAUUACUGUAUUAUUAGGAAUAUGUUUUCUAUUGCAUCUAAAACAGUACCUUCAGUACCAUUAGUGGUGAUGUUGUUUUUGUAUGUUAUUGUAACACAACUUAUAGGAUUCAGUAAUUGCAAAAUCAACAAAUACUCAGAAGAAGCCAAUGCACAAUUUUUAGAUCUAAGUGAUAACAAUUUGAAAGAACAUGAAAAUCCAUUUCGGAUGAAAAAAGUUAAUGCACUGUGGACAAAAGCUAAAAACAGAGUGUCAGGUCCGCAUUUGGCAGAACUUUUUGCUGAUCUCAAAGUUCAUGACAAAUAUGAAUUGCAAUUGAAAAAGAUGAAAGCAGAAAAUUCAGAUAAAGAUGGAUCAUAUGAAGCCAUGGUUUUAAAAAACUAUCUCAAAAUAAUCAAACAAUAUGAUCUGGAAAAUGUCUACUUUGGCAAUGAUGUCACAUCUGCGGACAAAAGAACAGAUGUUGAGUUUACUGACAGCAAACUAAAGUCUCUGUGGAACAAAGCACAGAUGGCAGGAUUCUCUGCUGAAGAUCUGUCUACAUUAAAAGAUGAGUUUUGGCAUCAACAAAUGAAAAUUCAGGAAUUAGAAUUUAUGAAAAGUCAAAAAAAUGAUAUUCCUGAUCCUGCAGAUAAUUCAGUUGACACUAAUGAACAAGUUUCCAACAUUAAAAAAAGCAAAACAGAAAUUAAGGACGGCUACUUGCGACUAGAAGAACUUGUCUCUUCACUGCCUAAAAAUGACCCUUUGUUUAAAGAUUCUAGAGUUCAUCAGUUGUGGGCUCUGGCUAAAAAGACCAAUUGGUCAGAAGAUGAAUUGAACAGUUUUAAGGCAAAAUUGCUUCAUUUUGAAAAUCGACUGACUAAGCAAUCAUUUUAUAAAGAGCAACUAGAUAUGUCUGCACAGAAAAUAGAGUCAGAUCUGAAAGAUGACAACUAUUUGGACAGACACAGACAACUAGAGGAGAAACAUGAGGUUAUCUAUAAAAACAUCAAGAAACUCCACACUGAGUUGAAGACCAAAGUGACAAAAGCUCUAAAACAUUUAGAGUUGUAAUUACGUUUUAUUUAACAUGUCUAUUCCAUUGACUUGUGGCUGGUUUAACUUAUCUGGUGGUUUGAUACACUAUCAAAAAACAAUCUUAUGUCAAUGUUUUUUUAAUUUUCUUUUUUCAUUGUUGAGUAUCUCCUGAUAAAACUACACAGACACCCAGCUGCCUUUUCUUCUUUAUGGGCUAUGAUUGAUGUUUCUUUUUGAGUCCCUUCCCCUCAACAGAUGUAAACAUAAUCUCCAAAACAUGUUGUCUCUAUAACAAAUUAAGAUGGCUGAUUGGAUUUCUAGGUAGAAGCAAAAUAAUAUGUAAUGAUUGACCUCUGUGCUUAUUAUUAGGUUGUGGAAUGUCCUAACUGUAGAAUGCAUGUCUUACUUACAUGUUAUAAAUGUAUGAUUAUAUUUCUAUGAAAUUUUACAACUGUUGUUGAAAGAAAUCACUGGUAAUUGAUGUAGUACUUUGUAAAAGUAAGUAAUGUUCCCCUUUUAGACCUUGCAAUCUAUGGGGCAGAUGAUGUAUCUGUUUCUGUGGCUCACAACGAUAAACCCCCUUUAUUUUCACUAGCUAAUGUCAGGUACUCGUUAGAGCUGGGUGGAAUCAGAGGUGCACUAGAUCCCAAAAUUAAAAAAUCCCAGUCUUCACCAUGAUUUGAACCCAGGACCCCUCGGUUUGAAAGCCAAGCAUUUUACCACUAAGCCUCCAUAAUAGUGUGCGCAUGUUGAUAUUUAAGAUUAUCAUUUCAUGAAUGUAAUGUUGUAUUCAUAUUACAUUGAAAUAAUGUGCUGGAAGCCUUUUCAAUUCUCAAAUCACACACACAGCGUACGGUAAUGUAGAGAAAUCCCACAUUGUAGGGAAGUAUUUUCCUCAUUAACAAGAACAAUGUGGGGUUGGAGAUGGACUAGUUGGCAGCAAGUGUGCAAUGGGGUUGGUAAGUCAUGGGAGCUCAAAUUUGGCUGGGAAAUUUCUCUCUUCUUCUUCUUCUAGCCAGCUUUAUUGCUGCUGAGCUGUGAGCUCUUUUGCAGACUGCCAAGGAAAAAAAAGUUCUGUUUUGUUCAGUUGUUCAGCACUGCAGUACAAGGUGUUGGUUAUGUUGGGCUGUAGUGGAAGUAGGGAGGGGCAUUCAAAGAGGAUAUGGUUUUGGUUUCAAAGGGGUGGGCGCAGUGUCUGCAAAGGGAGAGUUGUGUGGAGUUUAUUUUGUUCAGGUGGUAAUUUAAUAGUGGUGUGUGUCCUGUCUUAGUUGGAAAAUUGUAGAUUGUGCUUUGCGGGAGAGGAAGUUAAUACUGUCCAGUUUGUUAGGUGUAGUCAUUUCUUUGUACAUGGCUCUGCCUGUGUUUCCUGAUGCCCAUUGGUUGAGCCACUCCUCUUUGUGAUUGUUGGAAAUUUCUCUCUCAAGUUUUCAUUCAAGAAGUCGGAAGGAAAUACACAGGUCAAGUCGUACUUUUUUUUCCUGCAUUUUUCGUAUAAAUGUCACGAUUUGUAACCUCCGUUUGUUAUCCUAUGUGAUCUUCAACACGUGUCAGAUUCUAAAAGUAUUAAGUUGAAUCUCUUUUCCUUAACACAGUAUACUGUAUAUAAAAUAUAUAUAAUAAAGGUAAACCCAUUAGCAUUGUUAUUUAAUGUUAUUUACAUUGUAAUCAAAUUUCCAUGCCUAAAGCAUUAGAUUAUAUUCUUCCUUGCCAUGCAGUAGGACUAUGCAUUUAAUAUUAUGCUUUGUAAAACUAUGAUGAUGAAUAAAAAAAUGAUUUCUAUAAAAAGAGAGAUAA